AUGAAGGAACCAAAGUUCAAAACAACAACAAUUAGUCCAAUCAUUGAGUCCACGCUGUUGCAGAAUCCACCAUGGAGAGAUACCCUAAUACCCCCAACAAUUCUAGACAUUGGCUCACAAAAAGCAUUUGCUGUUGCCUUGUUUACCAUCAUUCAAUCAUACAAAGUUUACGAUUUGAUACUUUUGAAAAGUAACUUACCAGUUCCAACAUUUUUGGGAUUCCCAAGUCAUCAUUUCAAUUUCAUAGCAAAGUAUAUCAUAUAUGAUUCAGCUUUCCUAUAUUUCUUGCCAGCAUUCAGAAUUCCAUCGUUGACAUUCAAAAAGACUACAGUCAUUUUACAAAUCAUUUUAUUACUAGUGAUAAACCUGUUCUUAGCUAGUGAUUUAAGUUUCCCAUUAACAGCUAUUUUAUUUCAAGCCUGGAAGCAACUUAAUAGCAGAGAUCUCACAAUUUUGGGAAGUUCGAGUCGAGCAGAAAACUAUGAUCCAACAAAGCAUUUCAAAGGUUCACAUACCAUUAAAAUCUUACCAGAGAAUACUGCUUUCCUCAAUCCAUUUGGUGACAGUUUUUGUUUACCAUCUGGUGUUAGAAAUUUCAAAGUUAAUGUUCCAAUCAGAUUCAAUUCUACUUCAGAAAUUGAUUUCAUUCAAGUCAAAUUUGUGGACUUGGAAACAAAUGUUCCAAUUUUAUUAAACUACACCAAAAAGGACAUCAAGAAAUUUGAAUCAAGCAAUAUCAAUGAACAUUAUGAAAGAGAUUCAAUUUCCGGACCCAAUAUCCAUUAUUUAAACUUGCCAAUCUCUCAAACUGGUCUUUAUGAAAUAAGUCAAGUUUUAGAUUCAAAAUAUUUAGGCUUAAGAAAUUAUCGUUCUUCAUUAGUUGUUCCAACUUGUCCAACCGCUGAGAUUAAUAAUUUGGAUGAAUUAAAAAGUGAUAGAUGUUAUGGUGAUACAGAUGUGGUAAAAUUUACGAUCACUGGUGUGCCACCAUUAAAAUUGAAGUACAAGAAAUUGAUUAAUCAUGAAGUGCUUGAGUUCAAUGAUCAAAGUUUACAACCUGAAUUUUUCAAUAGUCCUUUAUUAGGCCAUAGCUCUACGAGAUCAUUAUCGAGGGAACAUUUAUCAAACUUGAAAUGGGCAAAAUCUAUCCCAGUGGAAGUUGAACUUGAAAAUCCAAUCAAACAACUUGGUGAUUAUAGUUAUAGAAUUGAAGAGAUUGUGGAUGGUUUAGGUAACUUGGUUAAUUUCACUGAAACAUUAAAAGGAGAUGACAAAUUAUUCCAAAGUUAUGAAUUAUUGCACAGUUUCUAUGCACAUGAUUCACCAAAAUUACAUUUGAGUGAAAAAUUAAACAGAGAUGCAGCCACCAAGAAAUCUAUAUUCCUUGAUAUUGACUCAAAUACCAUUGAUGCUGCGCCAUAUGAAGCAACAAUCAAAUUUGUCAGUGAAGAUGAAAGUGAGACCAAUACAUUCACUCAUGUUUUCAAACAUCCAUCAGAAGAACUACCAGUUUCUAAGCCAGGUACUUAUUCCUUAGAAUCAGUCAAAACCAAAUUCUGUCCUGCAAUCAUCACAGGUCGCUCAUCAGUUUCAAUUUCAUUACCAGUUGUUCCAAAAUUACACAUCAAUUCCAAACCAAUAACUGAUUCAUGUGUUGGUCAAGUUGGUUUAGUUUUUGAUUUAUCAUUUGUUGGUACACCUCCAUUCACUUUACAACAAACUGUUCAUCGUAUUGAAAAUGGUGAGAAAAGGCCAUUCGGUUCAAGUAAAUUAGUUUCACAAGGUACAAGAUAUAGAUUCUCUUAUGAACCACAUGCAGAAGGUAAAUAUGAAAUUUCAUUCAACAAUUUAAUGGAUAGUUUAUAUGUUGAACCUAUUCAAUUAUCACCAAGUUCUGAUUUUACAUAUGAAACCUCAAUGAGAGUUAAACCAAGUGCUGAAAUUCACAACUAUCAAAAAACUGGCUCAUUAUGUCUUGGUUCUCAAGGUCAUGUUCCAAUCCAAUUUAAAGGUGAACCACCAUUCUCAUUAGAUUACGAUAUUAUUGAAACUUUAACAAAUAAAAGAAUCCCAUAUUCUGUUAAAGACAUCAAGAAUGAUCAAUAUCAAAUUAUUACUCCUGAUUUUAAAACUGGUGGUGAAUAUAUCGUUUCAUUAACUGCAGUGGAGGAUAAUUCAGGUUGUCUUGUUAAUUUGAAUGGUGCUGACGCUAAAAUUGCAGUUAGAAGGGAAGUUCCUUCAAUUGGAUUCGGUCCGUUAGAUGGUACCACAAAAAUUAAGAUUAAAGAAGGUGAUAGAGCUGAAUUACCACUUAGAUUAUUAGGUGAAGGCUCAUUUGAUGUCACUUAUGAUUAUCUUGAUCCAAAAGGUGAAUGUGUAUCUGCAUUGCAUAAAUCGUUCAGAAACGCUCAUAAGUCAAGCUUGGAUGUUAGUAAAGCUGGGUUUUAUAAAUUGAAAUCAGUUAGAGAUUCAUUAUGUUCAGGUACUGUGGAUAAAGCUGAUACUUAUGAGGUUACUUAUCAACCAAAACCUUCAUUGGCUGUUAAUGAACAAUCAAAACUUUCCAAAAUCGGUACAAACGAAUUCGAAAAGGCUAAAGUUUGUCAAUUCCAUGAAGAUUCAAUUGAUUUAUCAUUAUAUGGUGCUCCACCAUUUGUUGUUGAUUAUACUAUCGUUAGUCCAACAGGUCAAAGAACUUCAAGAUCGAUUUCAGUCGCCACAAGAUUUGCAUCUAUAAGAUUACCAAAUGAUAAAGGUGGUGAAUAUAAAUAUAUCAUCAAUGGUGUUUAUGAUGCAGUUUAUUCCAAGAAUGAUUUAACAAAGAUACGUUAUAGUAUUGAUGAAAUAGUGGUUAAACAAUCAAUCAGUCCAUCACCUAAUGGUGAGUUCAAAGAUAAGAGAAAAUCUUAUAGAACUUGUACAACAAACUUGUUGGAAGAGAAUUUAUUGGAACCAAUUAAAUUGAAUCUACAAGGUAAUUCACCAUAUUCUAUUACUUUUGAAAUCUAUCAUGAAAGCAGCUCAAAAUCUGAUUUCUUAACUUUGAAAAACAUCAAAGAACCAAUGGAUUUGAAAGAUUUAUACCGUGGAUUGAAGUUGGGUAAUCAUAUUGUGACAAUUGUGAAAAUCAUUGAUGCUAAUGGUUGUAUUAAGGAAGAUUUUUCAGAGAGUAAUUAUAUUUCAAUUUCCAUCACAGACACACCAAAGAUUAGUCAAUUAGACUCAAGUGUUAAUUAUUGUGUUGGUGAUCAUAUUGGUUAUCAAUUGAUUGGUACACCACCAUUCACUGUUGUCUAUUCAUUUAAUGGAUUAGAUCUAAGAUCUGUUGAACAAUCAUCACAAUUUGUUAGAUUAGCAUCUGAACCUGGUUCAAUCUCUAUUGCAUCAUUACAGGAUUCAUCAUCCAAUUGUGUUGUUAAUUUUACAUUACCAGAGAAUAAAGAUUUAGGAGAAAAAUUAACCAUUGGUGUUCAUCCAAUCCCAUCAGUUGAAGUUAGUGAAGGUGAUAUUAUUGUUCAAGAUAUUCAUGAAGGUGAUCAAGCUGAAAUUAUUUUUUCAUUUGAAGGUACUCCGCCAUUUUCAUUAACAUAUGUUAGAACUGAAGAAGUUGAAGUUAAAAGAGGUAAAAGAAGAUCACAAGUCGUUGAAACACACACAGUUAACGGAAUUUAUGCAUAUGAGUAUAGAGUAUUGACUAGUUUACAAGGGACAUAUGAAGCCAUAGAAGUUUCUGAUGCAUAUUGUGUUGCAAGAAAUGUUCAAUACUUCCUUUGAUGACUGCAUUAGGAAUAAACAAUGGAAGAAUACUUUACCGAAUGAUUCAUGAUUGUACCAUUGGAUGCCCAAAUGGGAUGUAGACAAUGGAGUAUUUGGUAUAGUAAUACAUCCCCCCCUUACUUUGAAUGUAGGGAAUCAAAAGACCAAGCAUGAAAAGUAAAUAAUAAAAAAAAAUUGUGACAUGGUGUAAUGAGAUAAUGAUAAAAAAAACAAUCUAGCAGCAAAAGGAUGAACUAGUGUAUAAGUAGUAAUGUAAAAAAAAAGAACCAGCUGGGUACUCAAGAAAAAUCAAUUUCUAAAAGCCAAAACCUUCA